AUGACUUCCAACCAGCUGUCCCACUGCUGCACCGUCGGUUCUCUGCACGAAGGCGAGGCCAAGGGCGAGAUCAAGGACAUUGGCGACAUUUCAACCUACUUCGCCUACCCAGCCAACGGAUCCACCAAAAUUGCAAUCCUAAUCCUAACCGACGUGAUCGGCCACCGCCUAAUCAACGCCCAGCUAAUCGCCGACCAGUUCGCCGCGAAGGGUUACUUCGUCGUGAUGCCGGACCUGUUCCGCGGCGACACCGUGUCGCUCAACCGGCCUGAGGGUUUCAACAUCAUGGACUGGGUGAAGAACCACCUGCCGCCGCAGACGGAGCCCAUCAUCGACGCCGUGCUACAGGAAAUGCGCCAGAACCUGGGCUGCAAGCGUAUUGGUGGGGUUGGAUACUGCUUUGGGGGCAAGUAUGUCUGUCGCUAUCUUAAGUCGGGCGAGAAAAAGCUGGAUGUUGGGUUUAUGGCUCAUCCGACUAUGUUGGAGGCGGAGGAGCUGGGGAGUAUUCAGGGGCCGUUGAGUAUUGCCGCGGCUGUACGCGACUUUGUCUUCACUACGGCUAAGCGCCACGAAAGCGAGGAGAUCUUGGACAAGCUGGAUAUCCCCUACCAGAUUAAUAUGUUCUCGGACGUGGAGCAUGGCUUUUCGGUUCGUUGCGACAUGUCCAAGCCGAGGCAGAAGUUUGCGAAGGAGCAGGCCUUUAGCCAGGCAGUUGCGUGGUUCAAUCAGUACCUGAAGGGUUAA